GAUGGGCCGGCCGAGCUGACAGUCGGGCUCGGCGGCCGCCGCGGGCGCAUCUACCGGGCAGCGCCCGCCGCCAGCCGCCGCCGCUCCUGCCCGGCGCCCACCUGCGGCGGCGGCUGCCUGGGGGCCGUGGGCCGGGCGGGGGGGGCGGGCGCCACCGCCGUCGCCGCCACCGCCACCGCCACCGCCGUCGCCACCGUCGUCGCGCUCCGCUCCGCUCCGCUCCUUCCUUCCCUGCCUGCCUGCCUGCCCUCCAGGAUGAGCCCGGAGUAUUUCCUGCGCUCCUUGCUGCUCAUCAUCCUCGCAACCUUCUCGGCCAACGCCAGCAACUGGCUGUACCUGGCAAAGCUGUCUUCGGUGGGGAGCAUCUCUGAGGAGGAGACCUGUGAGAAGCUGAAGGGCCUGAUCCAGCGCCAGGUGCAGAUGUGCAAGAGGAACCUGGAGGUGAUGGACUCGGUGCGGCGCGGAGCCCAGCUGGCCAUUGAGGAGUGCCAGUACCAGUUCCGCAACCGCCGCUGGAACUGCUCCACGCUGGACACGCUGCCUGUCUUCGGCAAGGUGGUAACACAAGGGACGCGGGAGGCAGCAUUCGUCUAUGCCAUCUCUUCGGCAGGGGUGGCCUUUGCAGUGACCCGCGCCUGCAGCAGCGGUGAGCUGGACAAGUGUGGCUGCGACCGCACGGUGCAGGGGGGCAGCCCACAGGGCUUCCAGUGGUCUGGCUGCUCCGACAACAUCGCCUAUGGUGUGGCCUUCUCACAGUCCUUCGUCGACGUCCGUGAGAGGAGCAAAGGGGCCUCUUCCAACAGAGCACUAAUGAACCUCCACAACAACGAGGCAGGGAGGAAGGCGAUCCUCAACAACAUGCGGGUGGAGUGUAAGUGUCAUGGUGUGUCAGGCUCAUGCGAGUUCAAGACGUGCUGGAAAGCCAUGCCCCCCUUCCGCAAAGUGGGCAACGUGCUGAAGGAGAAAUUUGAUGGUGCCACAGAGGUCGAGCAGAGUGAGAUCGGCUCCACCAAAGUGCUGGUGCCAAAAAACUCCCAGUUCAAACCGCACACAGACGAGGACCUUGUCUACCUGGACUCCAGCCCUGACUUCUGUGACCACGACCUCAAGAAUGGGGUGCUGGGCACCAGUGGCCGGCAGUGCAACAAGACCUCCAAGGCCAUCGAUGGCUGUGAGCUCAUGUGCUGUGGUCGGGGCUUUCAUACGGACGAAGUGGAGGUUGUGGAAAGGUGCAGCUGCAAAUUCCACUGGUGCUGCUCCGUCAAGUGCAAACCCUGCCAUCGGGUGGUGGAAAUCCAUACGUGCCGGUGAUGCACAGAGGGGAGCUCCAGUCCAUUCCCCUCUCUAAGUGACCCUGCUUCUCUCUUGCCCCAGGGCCAGGACUGAGGAAGUGGCCCAGACACUGCAAGGAGAUUGCAGCUCUUUACAGAGACAGAGCCCCAGAGGAAAACAGAUUUUAAAGAAAAAAAAAUAUUUAAAGUUAAAAAAAAAAAAAAAAGCAAUUGUUGUA